AUUUACCUUUUAUCAGCUUAAUUUGGAUUAAAAAAUUUAAUAUUCAAAGUCGACAUAAACACCCGAAUAUACGCGGAAUACAACUUUUCUUAAUAUAUACUAUAAUUAUACUAUAUACUACAUUAAGAAACUUUAAAAUGUCAAAUUCUGGUUCCUUGAAGGAGAAAGCGAUACCUUCAACUUCAACAACAAUGCAAUUAUCAUCAAAUCAAGUGGAUAGAAUGAAAAAAUCAAUUCCGAAAUUUAAUAUUUCUUUUCCAUAUGCAGCACAACCUGACAUUAUUCGAGCAAAUCAAAAAGAUGUUUAUUAUCAACAAAUUUUAGGAGAACAAAUGACUAAUACAUUUCGAAUGUUUUUUGGAACGCGAUUACAACAUCAGUAUCAAAAGGAAGUUAAUGUAAUUUCAGAUCUGUUUUAUUUUUGUUUAACAGCCUUAUUGGGUACUCAAACAUUGGGUGAAGAAUAUUGUGACAUUAUGCAAAUUUCAGAACCAACCAAGCAAUUCCCAUCCGCAAGUAAACGUGCCACGUUAAUCUUUUGGCAUGUGAUAUUUCCUUAUUUAUUCACGCGAGGUAUAUCAGAAUUGCGUAAACGUACGAAACCUUCUUGGAAAAAAUCACUACAAAGAACUCAACAAAUUCAUAAUACUAAAUAUGAUCGAUUACGAGAUUCAAUAUAUAGAUUACUUCCUAAAUUACAAAUAUUACUUAAAAAUAAUGUUCAUUCGGUUCAUCUUGCUAUAUUUUAUUUUUAUGGAGCUUACUAUUUUAUAUCAAAGCGAGCAACUGGAAUUCGUUAUAUAUUUACAAGACAGUUAGGGCCUCAUGAACAACGUAUUGGAUACGAGAUUCUUGGAUUUUUACUUGUAGUACAAUUUAUCAUCCAAGCGUAUCGUUUUCAAAAAAGUCUAAUUAAAGGAACGGAUGAUAGCUUAUUCAAUGAAGUUGAAGAAGAGGAAGAAUCAGAUUUGAUGGUUACAUCAACAGAAGGAUUAACACCUCAAGAAAUUGCGGCUCGUAAAUGUAUACUAUGUCUUUCACCACGUAAAAAUACUACAGCUACCCCUUGUGGACAUUUAUUUUGUUGGACUUGUAUCGUUGAUUGUUGUAACAACAAGCCUGAAUGUCCAUUAUGUAGACAAUACGUCAACAUUUCUCAUCUCCUUCCAAUUUAUAACUAUUAGACUGACAAGUGUUAUAGAUUGUAGUUUUAGUUAAAUUUUAUUAAUAUGAGGAGAAUUAAAUAGGAGAUUACAACGUACAAUUAAAUAAUUAUGAGGAGAAUUAAAUAGGAGA